UUCUCUAGUACUUUUCAUCUUUCUACGUCCUGUCUCGGUUAGUUUCCGAUUCGAUUCUUUGUUCAGGUUACCUCGAACUGAGCCCAGCAUGUGGUGGUUGGUGGUUGGAUGUCUGUCGAUUGCGCCUUACAUAUUGUUGAGCUCUUUGCAGCCGAGGGGGGUUUGACAGCUUCUAAGAUGAUUCCUUUCAAGGGUAUGCAAUCAAGGAUAUGCAAAGAACAUCCUUAACAAGAAAGAGAUACAACUGGACAGAUGGGUUGGAGGUUAAGCAGUUAGCAAUGGACAUUAAUCAGGACGAGAAGAUGAAGGACAAGGUCUUUGAAGGGUACGACUUGGACCUCGGAGUCCCGUUGCUGAGUGAUUCUGAGAUCAUAGAUAAGCCCAACGACCAAGAGGAUAUUACGGAAGGAACUGUUUCAGACUGCCAUAAUGCCUCACAGCCUUCGGUCGUGCCUAUGGCUGCUGCUCUUGUUGAGCAGGCGAUGCAAGGACGUUGGAUGCCUGUGGAAGUGGUUCAGCACAGAAACUUUGCUAGAGCCAAACAGUCAUUUCUUCUGUACCAUAGACUUUACCCACUCCGGGCGGUUUCCAUUUUUGUGCUGUUGGUUUUGCCCUGUUUUGAGAUCCCAGUAUGGUGUCAGGGACAACUUCCAUAUCCUUGUGGAGACCCGAUGAAGUACCAACUUAGCGGCCUCCCCUAUAUUGAACGAUGGCAAUCAUUGUUGGUUGAGGGUUUGUGUUUAGCGAUGCUGACGUGUUCAGUGGCGUUGCAAUUCUACUACAUGGGUUCCAGUUUCUGGAAUUAUAGUUCAGCGACCUUCAAGAUGGUAUUGUUAAGUGCAUUGAUCCUCAGUGCAGCCGCCACUGCUGUAGGAGAGCUUGAAGUUUUUCAAUUGUCCAUGUAUUUACGUGUUCUCGUACCAAUUGUCUUUACGAGGUCUCUGAGAGUUUGCUUCCGCAUGACGAUACGCAUCAUGCAUACAUUCGCUGACAUUGCUAUGCUGUUAGGGUUGUUUGUGCUGCUCUCAGCAUAUCUUGCGACCUUGAUAUUUCGAGAUACUAUCUCCGAGUAUGAAGACUAUCGAACUGCUUUACUUAAUUUAUUCGUACUCCUUACCACUGCCAACAAUCCGAACGUUUGGGCUGGUGCUUACACCUUCGAUCGCCGAGCAUUCUUCUUCUUCUUCACGUAUCUGGUGGUUGGCUUGUUUUUUCUCAUGAAUCUUGUCUUUACUGUUAUCUACAGCAACUACAAGGCUCAGAUGGUCAAUGAGGUCGAGAAACGGACUACAGCACGCCAACAAUGUUUGAGAGCAGCCUUUAGGAUAUUGGACGUGCGGCAACAGAACUGGAUUGACGGUGCUACUAUGACUGCGCUUUUACAUGCGAUGAGUAGUUACAGUCAGAUUCCCGACUUCCGUAACAACACUCAUGAGGUCUUUUUAGCUCUCGACAAACGAGGUGACUUUAGGAUAUGGCAAGAUGAGUUUGAGGGUCUCUGUGACGUGAUUGCCAUUGAAAUCGAACGUAAAAGUCGCAAGCACCGAAUGCCACGAAGCAGAGUUGCAGAGCUAUCCCGCGUGAUCACUGAAACACGACUCAUUUCAGAACCAGUCCAUGAUCUCAUAUUUUGGAUUCUUACCCUUGCCUCUGUACUGGUUGCCUUUUUUGGAAGUCAGGUGGUCUCUAGUCACAUCAAGAACCAAUUAAUAGUUUCUGAAAUCGUAUUGGUGUGCGUCUUUAUGGUCGAUGCAUUCCUUAAAAUAUUUUCUGAAGGCUGGACUUCGUAUUGGCGCAAAUCUUUGAAUCAAUAUGACUUUCUCCUGACAUGCUCAACGACUAUUAUUCAAACCGCUGCCUACUUUCACCUGGUUGAGCAGCAUUGGGUCUCCAUCCUCCUCCUUGCACGAGGCCUUCGGCUUUUCUGUUUCAUGAGAUUCGUGUCACGCUGGAAUCUCAUGAUACAGACUAUUAUCCACUUGAUUCCGGCUACAGCUCCGGUUGUUGCCCUUCAGCUCAUUGUGUGUACUCUCUUCUCUCUCGCUGGGGUGCAUUUAUUUGGUGGAAAGGUGUACUUGGGGAACCGCCUUCUAGAAGACACAGACUACGCCACUGGCCAGCUAUAUGCGUUCAACUACAACGAUUACGGGUCGGCGAUGGUGACUUCCUUCAACUUGUGCAUUGUAAAUAACUGGUACGUGUUCAUGGACGCAUACGCGGUUGCGACAGGAACUCCUUGGUCUCGAGUUUUCUUCAUAUUCUUCUGGGCCGUCGCAGUAGCGUUCACACUCAACGUUGUGGUGGCGUUUGUUGUGGAAGCCUUCGUUUUCAGAAUGGAGAAAGCUGAAGCUCAGAAGAACAGCCCUAGUCUUUCCAGGUCUAGAUCUAGAUCUGAGUCUCCUAGUCAUGUACGUGGCAAACGACGAGCACUUGGACGAAUGCCUCACAUCUACUCUUGUUAUGACCUCUACGAAGACAUGGCUGUCAAAAGCAAUGCAACGGGACCUGCAACUGGUAAAAUGACAUGAGCAAGUUUCACCUAAUUGAUUCAUUUGCAAACGUGUAGUUCAAUGGGUUCCUGUGCACGUGAGCACUUGGGGUGACUUUGGUGCAUGCCCAUAGCGACAGUGCGUGGUUGUAGAGCCUGAUGACGAAAGAGAUUUGUACAGUAGCAAGUCAAGUAUUCCAAAAGGAAACACAAUGGUGAUCACAUUGGCAUUGCAGUAUCCCUGAGCUGCAUUCGUCUCAGUGAAAGCUUACCAGUGUUUUUGCGACACUCCAUACAGCUCAUUAAGAUCAUCUUACAAAGAGGUUCGAAACUGUAGCUUUCAUUCUGUACUUACUGCCCAGCUAAAUGUGGCUCAUAGUCGAGAUGCGCAACGAUGGCACGAUGCUGAAUGUGUUGAAAAGUUACUAAUGAAGCUUGACCAGUUAAGCCAGAUUUUUCGGGCUUAAAAAUUCAAAGUCGAGUUUUGAUUAUAGAAUCCUUAAUUACAUUCA